CAAACUCGUGUCAGGUUCCAAGAUGGCUGCUCCCAGUGUGAAAUCACGUUACCGGCUGUUACUGCUUUCAGUGUUAAUUUCUGGGUUUGUUUUAACCAAUAUUAUUAAUGCACAUGGACAUGGCCACGCUCAUGACCACGGAAACGACCACGGUCACAGCCACGACGAACCGGCGUCGUUUAAAUACAGCAAACAGGCAAACGAAGCCCAGGAAGAUGAUCAUGGGGCACACGGACAUACUCACGGGGGACACGGCCACGCUCAUGACCAUGACCAUGGUGGACAUGGGCACGCCCAUGAUCACGAGGGACACGGUCACGCUCACGGGGGACACGGUCACGCUCACGGGGGACAUCAUGAAGAUCACACCGAAGAAUACAAGAAAUGGGAAGACGCGAGACCAAAACCGCCAAAAGCGAAAGAAACAGACUGGCUUCUGUGGAUCAAAGCUAUUGGUGCAACGGCAUUCAUAAGCGUGUCACCGGUUUUCAUACUGCUUGUGAUUCCCCUCGACAAUACCUCAGAACACGAGUCCCUGCUGAAGAUAUUGUUAAGUUUCGCCUCGGGUGGUCUCCUUGGUGAUGCGUUCCUCCAUCUUAUUCCACAUGCAGUGUCUCCUCACUCACAUGGAGGCGAUGGGGAUGACCAUGGUCACUCACAUGAUCACGGACACUCGCACGAACACGGUGGACAUAACAUGUCAGUAGGUUUGUGGGUGUUGGCUGGUAUAAUCGCCUUCCUCGUCGUUGAGAAGUUCGUCCGAUUUGUCAAAGGAGAUGGUCACGGCCACAGCCACUCCCAUGCCCCACAACCUUCUAAGCCAGUGGAGAAGAAAAAGGCAAAGACAAGUGAUGACGAGGGAGAGAGCAAGUCGGAAGAGAAGAGUAAAGGAGAGAAAAAGGAAGAGAAGAAGGGGGAGAAGAAGGAAGAGAAGAAAGAGAAGAAGAGAAAGAAAGCAGAGAAGAAAGUGGAGAAGAAGGAAGCUGCUAAGAAGGACACUGAGCAAGGCGACAUCAAGGUAGCUGGCUACCUGAACCUGGCUGCAGACUUCGCCCACAACUUCACUGAUGGCCUUGCUAUCGGGGCUUCCUUCUUAAUCAGCCAGAAUGUCGGUAUUAUCACCACCAUCACCAUAUUCCUGCAUGAAAUACCCCAUGAAAUUGGUGAUUUUGCCAUCCUUGUCCAGUCCGGAUGCACGAAACAGAAGGCCAUGAUGCUUCAGUUCUCUACAGCCAUAGGCGCCAUGCUAGGAACUCUUUGCAGCUUAUUUGCCGAGGGUAUCGGCGAUGUUGCUACUGCCUGGAUCCUCCCCUUCACCGCAGGGGGCUUCAUCUACAUCGCCACUGUGUCUGUUAUACCUGAACUGCUUGUAGACUGUAAGCUCAGUCAGUCAAUCAAAGAGAUUGGUGCCCUGCUUGUAGGAGUAUACAUGAUGGUUUUGAUUGGUCAGUUUGAGUGAUGGACAGGUGUCUUUAGCCAAUGACUGUUACUCACUGCUAACAACUAAAGUUGUUGAUCAUAGAUUGGAUCAAUCUGUUACCAUGGUUUCCGCUGAGUUUGAUAUUUUUCAAAAGAUAUUUUAAACAAGUUUGAACGGAGUUUUUUAAAGUAGUUUUUUAUGAUUUUUCAAAAGUCAUGGUAACUGUGGGUAUUUUGUUUUUUCGGUGAUAUUUUUAUUGUUUUUUCAAUGUAUGUCAGUUCAGAUACCAUUCCAACGUCUUUGUUAGAUAAUAUGAAGUCUGAUAUUUUGUGAUUUUUAGAAAGGUAUGUUAACAGUGUUACAGUAAUGGGCACAAAUGGUUAUGUCCUGGUCCAUAAAUGAGACAUUCUUAAAGAAUAAUAAAAGUCUUUUAAAGAGUUUUUGAGAAUUACUGUCUUCAAAGCUCAAAUACUGCCAUUUCUGGUGCCCCCAGUUGUGAUAUUGCUGGAAUAUUGUUAAAAGCAGCGUAAAGCCAUACUCACUCACUCACUCAGAAAUACUGCAUUGUGGAACUGAAGAUGAUGAGUCAGUAGAGUGCCCACUGUCAUUCUUGUCUCUUAAAUAAGAAAUUAGCUGUGUAAAACCCAACUCACUCAGUUAAGGUGAACAACAAAUAGUAGACAGCAACGAGCUCUUGAGGUGGGAUUUUGUCCAUGUUCUUUGUUAGUCGUGCUUGUUGCAAUACUGGUCUUAAGUAUUAAUGUUCUUCUUAGUAUUGUACUUGUUUGGUUUGAUUUGUGGAUGUAUCUUGAUACUACUAUUGAAUUAAACUCAUUUUCUGUCA